AUGGCUGGCGCCGCCACCGCUGCGUCGGCCCCGUGUGACCCGGCGUCGCUGGGCGCGAAGCUCCUGCCCAUCUUGGGCACGGCGCCGUUCAAGGCCUGCGGCACGGCCGCCAGCUUCGACCUCACGACCGUCAAGACGAUCCUCGCGAGUCCCGACUGCCAAGAGCUCUACAAGUCGCUCCAGACGAGCUAG